AUGAACGCAGAAUUCGUCAGCCAAAGCGACUCGCUGCAUAUUGGCGAUGAUUCAGGUGAAGAUGGAAUUAUUGAGAAUGGUCUAUUUUAUUCGAUAUUCAGGAAUUCAAAUAUACUGUCUGGGGACUCCGGGAACUCUAGCUUUGCAUACAAAGCCGCCUUCUUAUCUCUUAUAGUGGCAAUUUUCUCAGUCACGCAUAUAUUCUGGUGCCUGCGAGAGCUUUCUUCCCCUCAAACUGGAGCAGGCGGCUCAUAUAAACGAAUGUUGGCUCUGGCAGAAGUCGGUUCACUCAAAAAGUGCAUCGACGGCGACAGUACGCGGGUCGCCGGCGCGCCACCCAUAUCGCCGCUACAUACAGGAUCAACUCGAAGCGAAGAAUCCAGUGGCCGUAAUACAUUUGCAGUUGAUGGAACUAACAUUAAUGAGGGCUACAGGCAAGAUCACCAGCCGUUGCAUACGGUGCAAGCAUGGUGGCAGCGUUCUCGCCGCCCGGAGAAGCCCACUCUUUUUCUUGUUAUUGAUGCACUAGAGAAUGUUCCGGAUGAUACGGAGUACAUGCGUCUCCAGCAGUCCCUAAUUUUGCCCUCAUCCGGGACAAAAAACCUGACGGUGGAAGAGAAGAAUCUCAUAAAGGAAGCAAAUGACAAGCUGGCGUAUAUGCUGAAAGAAAGAUCUCGCCUUGCCAAUUCCUUGCGCAGAAAAUUGGAAAAACGGGAGCGUUUGAUAGCCUAUGAGUUAGACUUGACCAACCGGAAGGUAAGGCCUGUCGGAGUGCUCGGCAGGUUGCGGAAACUUAUCAUACCGGCACUGCUUUAUGCAGUAAGAAGAAGAGUGGAGACACUUACCACCGAGAUUCGUAAGGUUGAGGAAAAUCUAAAGAUUUACCGGAGUGCAUUAAAAGGGAUGCUUUCCCGGAGGCAGCAGAUGGCUCUCUCUCUCCGCUUACUUGCCCGUAGUCGGCAAAAUACAGGAGCCAUGACAAUCAAAGAAGCCAAUGCGUUGAGCGCAGCCAAGCUGAUAAUGCAUGGCCAUAGAAGAAGGAAUUAUGUGCCUACUUUUAGCGAGGGACUGGAGAUUCUGAAGAUGGGUUCUGAGCUGUCCGAGGCAUUGCAUGAUGCAGAGCUACUUCUUUCAAAGCUCCUGAGGCGAGUGGCCUCUAACAGUGGAUCUGGAGAUUGCCCUAGUUGCAAAAUCUUGAAGACGCACAUGAUGAAGUGCACUGACCUUCAGCGAGAGGCGGAGUUGUAUGCUCUGCAGCUGAGGUCAGUUUUGAAGACGUUUCCUCCAGACAAGUGUAGGGAAGUUGCCAAGAAUGUGGAAGGAGGUUCUCUUCAGUUACGAAGGAAAAUGGAGAUGGCACUCCAGUUAAUUCACGACUAA